CAUCGAUCCGGUCAGGCAUAUUGCCUGCCACCUACAGGUCCCCCUUCCUUUUUCUCGUCCCUGAGCGAGCCGACGCCAAGAUGAACGACAGUGUCACACUCAGGACUCGGAAGUUCAUGACAAACCGUUUGCUUCAGAGGAAGCAAAUGGUUUUGGAUGUCCUGCACCCUGGAAAGGCAACAGUCCCCAAGACUGAAAUCCGGGAGAAGCUUGCCAAAAUGUACAAGACCACACCUGAUGUAGUGUUCGUCUUCGGUUUCAAGACUCAAUUCGGCGGCGGCAAGACAACAGGUUUCGCCAUGGUCUACGAUUCACUGGACUAUGCUAAGAAGAAUGAGCCUAAAUACAGACUGGCCAGACAUGGUCUUUAUGAGAAGAAAAAGACCUCCAGAAAACAGCGCAAGGAAAGAAAGAACAGAAUGAAGAAAGUAAGAGGCAUCAAGAAAGCCUCUGUUGGUGCUGCUGGCAAGAAGAAAUGAGGUGUCAGGAAAAGUGAGACCUUCAGGGGAGACCAUCAUCCUGAAUGUUCUUGUAUAUUGUCUGCAAAUAAAUUUCUAAAAACAG